AUGAGUGAGAAUUAUGGUGCUAGUGAUUUUAUCAUUACUCUCCUUUCUAACUGCAAGUUCCUUGCUUCGGAGUAUGAUGAUGAGCUGGCUUUUACGCAUGUGUUGAGGGAAGCUAGGAUAACAUCUUACCUUCACCCGUUUUUGGGAAUUACUACUACUAGUACUACUGCAACUGAGGAUAAGCCUUUAGAGGCUCUGAGGCUUACCAGCUUGGGCGUAAUUGCUGCGCUUCUUAAGAUUGAUAAUCCAGAAGAUGGGCAAAAAAUUGUCCAUUAUCUUCUUGAAUCAGAGGUUUUCCCUCUGUUUCUAAGUUGCAUGGAUCGCGGUGAUGAACCCACGCAAACUGUAUCGGCACUGAUAAUUGCGAAGAUACUGUGGCGAGCAGAAGGGUUGAAAUACUGCAGUGCCUAUGGCGAACGCUUCUUCGCGCUGGUGCGAGCGUUGGGAAGAGUGGUGGACAGACAGCCUGCAGAAAGGCCUAGUUUAGGCUUACUAAGAUCUGUCAUUGCUUGUUACCUUAGGCUUUCUGAAGUUCCAAGGGCAAAGGAUGCAUUUAGAAACUGUAUUCCUGCAAGAAUGACCCAACACAACUUCAUCGCCUUCAUUCGUUAUGAGCUGUACUUUGUGGAAAAGCAUACUUGA